CCCCGCCGGCCAGGCUCCGCGGCCAUGUGACCCGCGGCCGCGCCGGGACGCGACGGGACGCGCUGGGACGGCGUCGGGGGUCGAGGGCGCGGCCCGGGGGUGCAGCAUGCAGCGGAGGUGGGUCUUCGUGCUGCUCGACGUGCUGUGCGUGCUGGUCGCCGCCCUGCCUUUCGCCAUCCUGACGCUCGUGAACGCCCCGUACAAGCGAGGGUUCUACUGCACAGAUGACUCCAUCCGGUACCCCUACCGUCCAGACACCAUCACCCACGGGCUCAUGGCAGGGGUCACCAUCACCGUCACUGUCAUCCUUGUCUCGGCUGGGGAGGCCUACCUGGUCUACACGGACCGCCUCUACUCCCGCUCUGACUUCAACAACUACGUGGCCGCCAUCUACAAGGUCUUGGGGACCUUCCUGUUCGGGGCCGCGGUGAGCCAGUCGCUGACAGACCUGGCCAAGUACAUGGUCGGCCGUCUGCGCCCCAACUUCCUGGCCGUGUGUGACCCGGACUGGGGCCACGUCAACUGCUCGGUCUACGUGCCGGCGGAGCAGGUGUGCAGGGGGAGCCCCGCCAGCGUCACAGAGGCCAGGUUGUCUUUCUACUCCGGACACUCCUCGUUUGGGAUGUACUGCAUGAUGUUCCUGGCGCUCUACGUGCAGGCGCGGCUCUGCUGGAAGUGGGCGCGGCUGCUGCGGCCCACCGUGCAGUUCUUCCUGGUGGCCUUCGCCCUCUACGUGGGCUACACCCGCGUGUCUGACCACAAACACCACUGGAGCGACGUCCUCGUUGGACUCCUGCAGGGGGCGCUGGUGGCUGGCCUCACUGUUCGCUACGUCUCCGACUUCUUCAAGAUCCGGCCCCCGCAGCGCUGCCCGGAGGAGGAGGGGCUGGAGCGGAAAGCCAGCCUGUCGCUGACGCUGACCCUGGGCGAGGCCGAGCACAACCACUACGGCUUCCCCGUCUCCUCCUCCUGAGGCCGGAGCUGCCGGGCG